UUUCAGUAUUGCACUUUCGAUUAAAAGCGUAACUACUUUGUUAAACUUUUCUGCGACCCUCCUCGUCAACUCAAGUGAAAUCAUAAUGGAACGCUGGCAAGGUCGUGUCGCUGUAGUUACUGGUGCUAGUUCAGGCAUUGGCGCUGCCACAGUCAAAGAUUUACUUAAAGCUAAUCUUGUUGUGGUGGGACUUGCCCGCCGACUGCAGCUGAUGGAAGAAUAUAAAGCUGAAUUGCCAGCUGAACAACAAAAACGUUUCCAUCCUUUCGUUUGCGAUGUUUCAUCACAAGAAUCGGUGGAUAAGGCGUUCGAUUGGAUCAUCAAAGAAUUGGGUGGCGUUGAUAUAUUGGUGAAUAAUGCUGGCAUCUUUAAACUGGGUCAAGCCGUUAACUUGGAUCCUGCAGUAAUGCAACAAGUUG